GAGACAGGGAGGAGACAGUGCCAGAGAGGGGACAGUGACAGUGCCAGGGCCAGUGCCAGUGCCAGGGAAGGGACAGGGCCAUGGCACAGCUGAGCUUCAUCCUGCUGCUCGCCUCUCUCCUGAUCCUUUUCCCACCGGUGAAGCCCUCAGAUCUCUCCCCUCCCGCCCCCAACAUCUCGGUGAUGCCGGGCAAGGCGCGUUUCCUGGUGGGCGAUGCCGUGUCCAUCUCCUGCGCCGCGCCGGCGCCGCCCAGCACCGACCGCAUCCAGGCCUUCCGCUUCACCGGCACCUCAGGCUGGGCCAGCGACGUCCGUACGUCCCGCCGGACGUCUGUCCACACCUUCACAGUCACCGGGCCCCAUGACGGUGGCUUCCACACCUGCUCCUACAGCGUCGUCCGGCGCGGUGGCCGCGUCCUCCACUCGCCACCCAGCCGGGCUGUGGUCAUCAAUGUCCGAGACCGCCCGACCCAACCCAACCUGACGGUGACACCCUCGGGCCUCACAGUGCAAGGGCAGCCCCUCCUCUUCCUCUGCAUGGCCCCGCCCAGCAAAGCCCCUCGGCGCCACUUCCGCUUCCUCCGGGAUGAGCUCGAGGUCUCCGAGGGCAUCGUGGAAGGUUCUGGAAGCGCCCGGCUGAGGGUGGAGAGGAGCGGCCAGAACCAGACCGGGAACUUCAGCUGCAGCUAUGAGGAGAUGACCGAGGGGCGCUGGAUUGCCUCCUACCCCAGCGAGGCCGUGGCAGUGGUGGUGGAAGACCCGUGUCCGCCCCCCGUGCUUUGGGUGGAGCCUCCGUCUGGCGUGGUCACUGCGGGUCAGCGGCUGCGCCUGACCUGUUCCGCGAGCCGACGUCACUUUCGGCGCCGCUUCCGCUUCUUCCGCGAUGGUGUCGAGCUGACUCCGGGUGACCUCAUCGAUGACGUCAUCAGUGACGUCACUGGUGAUGGGUCCCAGCUGGUGUUCCCGCGGAUUUCGCCAGAAUUUUCUGGGAAUUUCAGCUGCCUGCUGGAGGAGGAGGUGGGCGGGGCCUGGGUGGAGGCUCCGCCCAGUGAAGGCGUGGCCGUGGUGGUCAUGGACCUCUCCCCUCCCGCCCCCAACAUCUCGGUGACGCCGGCCAAGGCGCGUUUCCUGGUGGGCGAUGCCGUGUCCAUCUCCUGCGCCGCGCCGGCGCCGCCCAGCACCGACCGCAUCCAGGCCUUCCGCUUCAAUGGCACCUCAGGCUGGGCCAGCGACGUCCGUACGUCCCGCCGGAUGUCUGUCCACACCUUCACCGUCACCGGGCCCCACGACGGCGGCUUCCACACCUGCUCCUACAGCGUCGUCCGGCGCGGUGGCCGCGUCCUCCACUCGCCACCCAGCCGGGCUGUGGUCAUCAAUGUCCGAGACCGCCCGACCCAACCCAACCUGACGGUGACACCCUCGGGCCUCACAGUGCAAGGGCAGCCCCUCCUCUUCCUCUGCAUGGCCCCGCCCAGCAAAGCCCCUCGGCGCCACUUCCGCUUCCUCCGGGAUGAGCUCGAGGUCUCCGAGGGCAUCGUGGAAGGUUCUGGAAGCGCCCGGCUGAGGGUGGAGAGGAGCGGCCAGAACCAGACCGGGAACUUCAGCUGCAGCUAUGAGGAGAUGACCGAGGGGCGCUGGAUUGCCUCCUACCCCAGCGAGGCCGUGGCAGUGGUGGUGGAAGACCCGUGUCCGCCCCCCGUGCUUUGGGUGGAGCCUCCGUCUGGCGUGGUCACUGCGGGUCAGCGGCUGCGCCUGACCUGCUCCGCGAGCCGACGUCACUUUCGGCGCCGCUUCCGCUUCUUCCGCGAUGGUGUCGAGCUGACUCCGGGUGACCUCAUCGAUGACGUCAUCAGUGACGUCACUGGUGAUGGGUCCCAGCUGGUGUUCCCGCGGAUUUCGCCAGAAUUUUCUGGGAAUUUCAGCUGCCUGCUGGAGGAGGAGGUGGGCGGGGCCUGGGUGGAGGCUCCGCCCAGUGAAGGCGUGGCCGUGGUGGUCAUGGACCUCUCCCCUCCCGCCCCCAACAUCUCGGUGACGCCGGCCAAGGCGCGUUUCCUGGUGGGCGAUGCCGUGUCCAUCUCCUGCGCCGCGCCGGCGCCGCCCAGCACCGACCGCAUCCAGGCCUUCCGCUUCAAUGGCACCUCAGGCUGGGCCAGCGACGUCCGUACGUCCCGCCGGAUGUCUGUCCACACCUUCACCGUCACCGGG